GCUUCAUGAGAUGUGGGGUAACCAACCUCUUUCCCCACCACCUGUUCCUUUAGGAACUACUCCGGUCACCAUUUAGCCUCCCUUUACGACUCUUCAGUUUCGUUUCCAUCUUCUUUCAGUUGCACUUCCAAAGUAAGGGUUAUUAGUGAAUCGAAUUUGUGCAAGAGUAUGAUGAACAAGUCUAGACAAAGUGCUCGAUGUUCCAGAAACAGUCUAAAGAUGAAGAAUGUUAUCAAUUCUCUGUCGUCCCCUGUCUGCAUCUGUUUCUUGGAAUCCAGUGAGGAGCUUUGUUUUAGCUUUCAACUCUGUUUCUCCAAUCUUCCAAGACUUGUUGUUGCAGAUUUGAAAGUUUGUGAUAACAGAUGCUUGGCUGUAGCAGAAUUAGCUUUACCAGAAGACAAAGGUGAUUCAGUUUUAUGCUGUGGCAUUCAUUGGCCCCGAAGACUCAAACAAUCAUGUUUUGAUACAGACCUACACGAGGGUUGUUGCUGUUGCAACUCAUAAAGGCAUAGGAAAGAUGGCAAAGCUGGUACUCUUGUGGUGAUUCCAUGUUUGUUGAAUUAUCUGAGAAUGAAACAAAAGGGUUUGAAUCA